UCGGCCGGCGGCGCGCCCCUAUUGGCCGGCGCGGGUGCCAGUCGUGGGGCGGCCGCCGCCGGGCCGUCGUGCCGGUGGAUGUCAAAGGCUGGCGCGGCGGCGGCGGCACAGUAUAACUCGUGGGGCUGCCGCGGCCAUGGCCACAGCCGCCUCCAACCCGUACGGCCUGCUGGGCGCCGGCGCGCUCGCCCACGCCGAGGGCGCGGGCAUGCAGCAGGGCAGCCCGUUCCGCAGCCCGCAGAAGCUGCUGCAGAGCGAGUACCUGCAGGGCGUCCCCGGCAAUGGGCACCCGCUGGGGCAUCACUGGGUGACCAGCCUGAGCGACGGCGCGCCCUGGCCCGCGGCGCUGGCGGGCGGCCCGCUGGAGCAGCCAGACGUGAAGCCGGGCCGCGAGGACCUGCAGCUGGGCGCCAUCAUCCACCACCGCUCGCCCCACGUCUCCCACCACUCGCCCCACGCCAACCACCCCAGCGCCUGGGGCGCCAGCCCGGCGCACAGCGCCUCGCUGGCCGCCCCUCCCGCCGCCGCCGCCGCCGCCGCCGGGCAGCCCCUGAGCGUUUACUCGCAGGGCGGGUUCGCGGUGGGCGGCAUGCUGGAGCACGGCGGGCUCACCCCGCCGCCCGCCGCCGCCGCCGGCCAGGGCUUGCACCCGGGGCUGCGCGGCGAGGCCGGCGGUGAGCACGGUGAGCUGGGCGGGCACCACUGCCAGGACCACUCGGACGAGGAGACGCCGACCUCGGACGAGCUGGAGCAGUUCGCCAAGCAGUUCAAGCAGCGGCGCAUCAAGCUGGGCUUCACCCAGGCCGACGUGGGGCUGGCGCUGGGCACCCUGUACGGCAACGUCUUCUCGCAGACCACCAUCUGCCGCUUCGAGGCCCUGCAGCUGAGCUUCAAGAACAUGUGCAAGCUGAAGCCGCUGCUGAACAAGUGGCUGGAGGAGGCCGACUCCUCCACCGGCAGCCCCACGAGCAUCGACAAGAUCGCGGCGCAGGGGAGGAAGAGGAAGAAGCGGACCUCCAUCGAGGUGAGUGUCAAGGGCGUGCUGGAGACGCACUUCCUCAAGUGCCCCAAGCCGGCCGCCCAGGAGAUCUCCUCGCUGGCGGACAGCCUGCAGCUGGAGAAGGAGGUGGUGCGGGUCUGGUUCUGCAACCGGCGGCAGAAGGAGAAGCGCAUGACCCCGCCGGGCGAGCAGCCGCAGCACGAUGUGUACUCGCAUGGCGUGAAAACGGACACGGCCUGCCACGACCUCUGACCGCGGGCUGCGGCCACGGGACUGCCCGGCCCCGUGCGGGGCUGCCCGGCCACGGGACUGCCCGGCCGCGGGACUGCCCGCCGGGCUUUAACUUAUGGUUUCGGGAGACGCGCCCAGGGGAUCCCCGCCCGCCGCCGCCUCGGCAAUAUAUGUUUUUUUUUCCCUCUCUCCGACCUUUCCGCUGAUCACACACGGUGUUUACUCGCAGACAAGGUUUGUUUUCGGUUCUCCGCUAGGACGAAGGGGGAAAAAAAAAAAAAAAAAAAAGGACACAAAAAAGCCCACCCCCACCGCAGAGCAAAACCCAAACAAAAAGGAAGAAAGAAAAAAAAAAAAAAAAAAAAAAAGGGAAAACCCAGGAAAAAUAGAAAAUUUAAAAAAACAAAGGAACGAAGAACCCGACAGAAAAGGAAAAAGGGAAAGACAGAUGUGUGCCUAUGAAUAACCUUCCAGCGCCUUGGUUAUAUCAGCUGUAUUUCAGGUGAAUCUGUUUUACAAUAGACUAGUUUUGCAUUUUUAAAGACUUAUAUAGCGUUUUUAAAUGUCUGAGGUGUUUUACUACAAACUGUACACAAUAUUUGUGACCUAAUUUGUAUCGAAUUGAGCAGUCCAAACGUUCCUCCCUUCCCCGAGCGCCGGCAAUGUCACUCAGCGGGGCUGGGGCAGGGCGGCCGCGGGCCUUCCUCACCCGACCCCGAGGAGAUGGGGAUCCUGCCGAGCUCCGCACCCAUGUGAAGGGCAGGCUCAUUUGUUGCAGAUUUUUUUUCUUCUUUUUCAAGAACUUCCCAAUACCGUGAAACGGUCGGGUCACAAGCCUGACCUCCCCCCUUCUUCUCCCAAGGGAAAAAAAUUAUAUAUAUAUAUAAUAAUUAUUUCUAAGAGAUUUACCCAAAAUUAAGCAUCACAACCAAACCCGUGGCAUUUGCCAGUCUUUUUCUUUCCGAAGAUGAGUUGGGCUUUUUGAUCAGCGCCAGACUGAGAGGUCUGUAGUAAAACACCUUUAUCCUUCUGCGCUUUCGCUUCGGAAAUCGGUUUCUCUGUAUUUUGUUUCGAUAGUGAAGAGGAAUGAGGUGUCGGGGGGAGGGAGGGAAGGAAACAGAAAACGCCCGCAUUUGGUUCACGCUGAGCUUCUUUCCGUGUCCCACGGAGAUGCUGGAUUUGUAGAAAAGCUUUUCUAGGGGGGUGGGGGGAAGAAAAAAAAAUAAUCAAAACAGGGAGGAAAAAACCCCCCAAUAACACAACAACCCUCAACCACCAAAACAAAGUCACUCAAACGCUAACGCCAGGAGCCGUUUGUCGGGCGUAGGGAAGUGCCGAGCUGCACCCGCCCCCUCUCCCCCCUGUCCCUCCCAGCCCGUGGCUGUGUUGUCCCCAAGGGCGGGGGGUGCGGUGGCCACGCACCCACCCGCGAGGGGUCCGUGUGUCUGUGUGUGUAUGCGCGCACCCCGAGCCCCACGCUGCCCCCGCACCCCCGGGGCCGCGGGCAGGGCCGGGCUCCCCCCUCCGCUCCCGGGGCUGCACCCGCGGCCCCCCGAGGGCCGGGCCGGUCCCCGCUCCGCAGCUCCCGCACAGCAUCCCCCCCUCCGCCUUUC